CUAGGGAACAGUGAGCAGCCAGUGAAGCAUCCAGCCUGCCGAACAAGCCUGCUUUUAGGGUCAGGAACUGGUCUGACAAGAGAAUGGCAAUCCUGCUGCCUUUAAACUGUCACUAGGACCCGGGGCGGAAGACGAUGAAUCCACCAGAGGUUUUGGCUCACAGGCGAAACACGGACCGAGAGAAUGUGAAGACAUAUUUCAGGAUAUUGUGAGUGCUACUAAAGAUGUCUGAUAGUGUCGAUAUUGAAGAGAAACCACCAGCCCCUCCCUUGAGAAUGAACAGUAGUUCCCGAGACUCUUCAUCAGUGAAUCCCGCCUCUAAACCGCUUCCAAUGGCUCCCGAAGAGAAAAUCAAGAAGGUGCGCCUGCGCUCCAUCUUCCCCGGAGGAGAUAAGACAAACAAGAAGAAGGAGAAGGAGCGUCCCGAGAUAUCCCUUCCCUCCGACUUUGAACACACCAUCCAUGUUGGCUUUGAUGCUGUAACAGGAGAAUUCACAGGCAUCCCUGAGCAAUGGGCGCGCCUCCUACAGACCUCCAACAUCACCAAACUGGAGCAGAAGAAGAACCCACAGGCCGUAUUGGACGUCCUCAAGUUCUAUGACUCCAAAGAGACCGUCAACAACCAGAAGUACAUGAGCUUCACCUCAGGAGACAAGUCAGCACAUGGGUACAUAGCAGCAAACACUCUGAAUCGACUGCUGUCAUCUGGGCCUCCCGUCAGCCUUAGAACCUGCAGCGCAUUAUUUGACAAGGGUGCCAAAACAUCAACUUCAGAGCCCCCGAUUGCUCCGCCUGUGUCAGAAGAGGAGGAUGAAGAGGAGGAAGAAGAGGAGGAGGAGGAGGAAGAUGAUGACGACGACGACGACGAACUGCCGCCGGUCAUUGCGCCUCGACCUGAGCACACCAAAUCUAUCUACACGCGCUCAGUCAUGGACCCCCCCAAGCCUCCCACUCCCAUCAAAGAGGUUGUGACGCCACCCGAGUCGCAGGUCCAGCCCGACAACACAUCGAACACAAUGUAUCGCAACACAGACCGCCAGAGGAAGAAGUCCAAAAUGACGGAUGAGGAGAUCUUGGAGAGACUCAACUCAGGGAGUAUUGUGAGUGUCGGGGAUCCCAAGAAGAAGUACACACGCUUUGAGAAAAUAGGACAAGGAGCUUCUGGCACUGUGUAUACCGCCAUCGACAUAGCAACAGGCCAAGAGGUGGCCAUCAAGCAGAUGAACCUGCAGCAGCAACCCAAGAAGGAGCUGAUCAUCAAUGAGAUCUUAGUGAUGAGGGAAAACAAAAACUCUAAUAUAGUCAACUACCUGGACAGUUACUUGGUAGGAGAUGAACUCUGGGUGGUGAUGGAGUAUUUGGCUGGUGGUUCGUUGACAGAUGUUGUGACCGAGACCUGCAUGGAUGAGGGCCAAAUAGCAGCAGUUUGCAGAGAGUGUCUUCAAGCGCUGGAUUUCCUCCACUCCAACCAGGUGAUCCACAGAGACAUAAAAAGUGACAACAUCCUUUUGGGUAUGGAUGGAUCUGUCAAGCUGACCGACUUUGGCUUCUGCGCCCAGAUAACUCCAGAGCAGAACAAGCGCAGCACGAUGGUGGGAACGCCCUACUGGAUGGCACCAGAGGUGGUGACCCGAAAGGCGUACGGCCCAAAAGUGGAUAUCUGGUCUUUGGGAAUCAUGGCCAUAGAAAUGGUGGAGGGGGAACCCCCAUACCUGAAUGAGAAUCCACUCAGAGCCUUGUAUCUGAUAGCUACCAACGGGACACCAGAGCUCCAGAACCCGGAAAGACUGUCCUCCGUUUUCAGAGACUUUCUCAAUCGCUGCCUGGAGAUGGACGUGGACCGCAGGGGUUCUGCCAAGGAGCUGCUUCAGCAUUCAUUCCUCAAGCUGGCCAAGCCUCUGUCCAGCCUGACGCCUCUGAUUGUAGCUGCCAAGGAAGCCAUAAAGAACAGCAGUCGCUAGGGGGCACCCUCUGUCCUCACCCAAGGCUGGACCCCUGCCCGAUGCGGGCUUCUUGUGUCUUUGCAGGCUGGGUGAUGUGACGGCACAAAGCGAUUGGGGGGCCAAGUGGAGCUCCGAGACUCCCCUUCACGACCCCCUUCACCCUCCCCACUCACAUAAGUAGGACGGACGUCGGCCUUGCAGCCUCCCUGUGCUGCUAAAAAAGACACAUUUGUGUACGUCUGCAGCACUCAUGUACGUGUUGGGCAGUCCAUCACUAGAGCGUGUACAAGUAUGCGUGUGUGGGUGUGUGUGAGUGUCUGCGAGUAUGCACAUCUGUCUAGUUUCUGUGGGGGGGGGAUAGUUGCUUCCAAACCAAAAAAGGAGGAAAAUAAACACCCUCAAAGAAGAGCUUUUGAUGGACUUUCCUCUUGUGACAGUGUUGUGCUCGAACAGGCCACGCCCACACCUGGAGUCACUGUGCUCACAUGACUCUGUGUGUGUGUGUGUGUGCGUGUGCGCGCGCGUGUCUGUGUGUGUGUGUGUGUGUGUGUGUGUGUGUGUGUGUUGGUGCAGUUACAGCAGGAAAACCAGGGUUAAUUUAACCUAAUUAUUCGUCCUGCUUCGUUUUAGAGUUGAUCUUAGUCGCUUGUUUAGCGCAUCAGGCCAGAAUUUGGUUCCCAUUUCCAACAACGCACACACAAAUAUUUAAUAUUGAAUAUUGCCAAAAGAUUUUAUUUAUGGCCGUCAAAACGUUGCAUUAACAGCGGUGACUAAUUUAUUUAAUUAGUGACAAGGCGCAUUCACAGACACUCCAAACAUGCUGGACGUCGAUGAGUAACAAGCACUAGUCGGCUCAUUCAAGCAAUCUUCUAUAUUCUACACAAAAAAGCAAUUUAAUUGCGUAGGAUAACAUUUUAUUGUUACGGUACUGCGUUUGGAAAUUGCACUGCUGUUCUAACUACCUGCAACUCCAGCUUCUAGCGUAGUUCAGAGGAAUCGCAGAGAGGCAUUGCAAAGAGGCGGGCGGAUGAUAUCAUGGUGUGUAGUAUGUUUUAGCAUGAUUUCAAUUUUCAGUUCGUUUGGAGCUGUUCAUAAACAUACAGUAUUGUAAACAUAUAUAAUCCUGUUCUGUCAUGAUCUCAGUGAAAAUGGGCAUGUCUCUGAAAUAGUUACAAAUGGUUAAUGACUUAAUUUAUAUGCCGUGAUUAAUCUGAUUAAAAAUCGUAAUCAUUUGAUACCCCUAAUUGCUGUAUAUCGUGUUUCCUCUUUCUCUGACAUUCUUCUUAAACAUUAACAUUGAAUACUAAACCCUCCCUAACAGCAUACGUCAUUUAUUUUAAAAUACAGUGUGUACACAUGACAUGAGCAGCAGCAUUGUUAUUGUGCUUUUGAGAAUUCCUUGUUAAUAUUCCUUAAAAAUGUACAUCAAAGUCAUUAUUACAUUGGAACAUGCUUUUAAAAUCAAACGUCUUGUCUUUUUCAGGCUUUAUAUAGUUUGGUGAAUAUCCCUGCUAAUACUGUCCGUCUGCGGAUUUCAUUGCAUUGGUAGCUUUUCCCCAUGUAACUACACCAACAAGUGUGUGUGUGUGUGUGUGUGUGUGUGUGUUGUUGUCUUCCAACCCAUGACGUCCCACCUUAGAAAAAGCCUUUCGCCCUAUUGGUUGUGUGCGCGUGUGUGUGAGGGCUACCUCAGUCCGCAGGCGUCCAAUCCUCGACCCUGACAACAGAGGUGCAGGGUAGCUGCUCACUCCCAUUUUUGUACGUCCACUGUACAGGUCCGCCAGACGAAGGAGUGAUGCGACACACAGGUCAUGCAUGUGAAUCAACCAACAACACUGUAUCUCAUCAUUCACAUAGGCUAAGAUUGCUAGGAUAUGUAUGUAUGUAUGUAAAUAUAUUCACCAACCCCCACCUUUUUAUGAUUUUUUUGCAAUUUUAUGUAACUUAAAGUAAUAUUCAGGUUGCUUUCUGGUAUGUAUCAGUAAAUGUUUUUGCACCCUGCAAACGGAACAAGAGAAGAUCACACACACUUCAGUCUUUGGGACACUCUUCUUUAUGUGGACCGAUGAGUGCUGCACUGACUAACACUGUGAGAGUGUUAGUUGUUCGUGUGUUUGCGCGUGCCUGAGAGGACGCUUUGAGCAAAAAGGCGCCAGCCCCGUGGGAACUCAUGUACAGGUGCAGACUGUGAGCACAAAAAGGUGAAGUUGGGGAACCAAGUGGCACUUCCCAUGUGUCCUGACCGCCACCACCCCCCUUUUCUGUGGUUGCUCCUGUACAUUCCUGUCCUCUGAAUGUGUCAAUCUGUACACGUGGUGUGAAAAUUCCUCUAUUAAUGUGUAUCAAGAGAAUGGAACAAAGACAAAAAAUGUUACUUUUUAAAUUAUUAUCAUUAUUACUCUGACUCUUAUUAUUGUCUAGCUUUGUAAAACUGCUGAUCCAUGCGGCGUACGUCAGCAGGCUGCCCCCCCCAACCCCCACCCCCACCCUCCUCCACCUGCCCCGCCUUUGAAAAAGGACAAAAUGAGCGAUGGGGAAAUGAGGUUUUGGAUAAACUAUUUUUAAUUGUGGUUGAAGCAAUAGACUUUUUGAACUUUGAAUUGUGCAUGGCUGUGUCUUGAGUGUAAAAAAAAAAUAUUGCAAUUUGGGAACUGGACUGAAAUAAAAAGAGGAAACAAGAUUUGCUGUAAUGCGUCACGGUUACCUGUUUAAACUACAGAUGCUCCGAUCGGGUUUUAUGUUCCCGAUUCCGAUCAUCCAUGAGUGAGAACGGCCGAUACCAAUCGCAUGGAUUAACUGUACAUUUUUCUAUUAUGAGUGGUAUUGGCCAGCGGUGCUGUUAAGCACCGUUAGACAAUUCCAAGGCCCCCUGGCAAGUAGUCAUGAUUAAAAAAUGUCUUUUUGCCUUUAUUUGUGCGAAACAAUUUUUGUGCUAUUUGACACAAACCUGAAUUUAAUUAAUGUGAUGCCAUCAUUUUCUAUGCCGCUUAUCCUAAUUAGGGCCGCAGGGGUAUGCUGGAGCCUAUCCCAGCUGACUUCGGGCGAGAGGUGGUGUACUGUACGCCAUGGACCGCUCGCCCGCCAAUCGCAGGGGCACAUAUAGACAUUCACACUCACAUUCAUAC